UGUGUCUCGUCCUCUCAGAACUCGCUCUGCAGGCUCUGCAGCUUCUGGGCUGUGCACGGGUAACCACAGGUCUCGCCACACACAGAUCUGCAGCAACACCGACAGCUGACUGAAAGCGGCCGACACCCGCUGGCACCACAAUGGGUGACCCUUGGGUGGUAUUGCUGAUUGUGGUGGGAUUAAUGCCAGCAGCGGUGCUCUCUGCUCUUACUAUCAAUGAACCCAGCACUGAGACCAUUAACAGAGCCAAAGGAGAAUCUGUAACGCUGGGAUGUACUUAUAACCUGGACCCCUCCGACACUGGGCCCCUGGACAUCGAGUGGUCACUGAUGAACCCGGACAGCACGGCACUGGACAGUGUGAUCCUCACCUACAUGGACAAUACUAUUGUCUCCAGAGGCCCCCUCGGCCUCAUGAGCCGCCUGUCGUUCACGACUACAGAUCCCAGCAAGGGCGACGCCUCGAUUAUCAUCGGCUCUCUGGAAGCCAAAGAUUCCGGCACUUACCAAUGUAAAGUGAAGAAGAACCCUGGGCUGGCUUCUAGGAAAGUCACGUUAAUUGUCCAAGUGAUACCCGCUCACCCACAAUGCUGGGUAGCAGGAGAACAGACCCGAGGACAAGAUGUGACUCUGAAAUGUAAAUCGGAUGAUGGAACGCCGCCUCUGUCUUUUAAGUGGGAGAAGAUAGCGGGCCCCCCCAACCCAGCGAGCCCGGUUAUGAAUAUGGCUACUCUUACCGGAGAUCUGCUUAUCAAGAAUCUCUCCGAUGCCUACGCUGGGGCGUACCAGUGUACAGUGGGCAACAAUGUGGGCAGCGGGACGUGCGUUGCAGACCUCUCCGUGUCCUCAGCUAACCGCACUGGGAUAAUCAUUGGGGCAGUUUUCGGUGCUCUGCUUCUCCUCCUUCUUCUCCUCCUCCUCAUCUGGUGCCUGAUCUGCUGCUGCAACAAGAAGCGCUACGAGAAAGAGAUGGCAAAUGAUAUCCGAGAGGACGUUGUGGCCCCUCCCCCAAGCCACAGCAACAGCCGUGCCAGCAGUAUCCGGACCGCCGUCGGCUACACACCUCACAACAUCAGCUACUCUCUGAGACGGGCCUACAACGCAGCACCUAGACAAGAAACGCCAACUUCAUCCCUGAGCAGCAACGCGCCCAUUAAACUCAAAGUGGAGAGCCCCGCGCCGUCUCCAGAACAGGUCUUUGAUUACCCGGCGGUGACAACAUACCACCCAUACAAUAUCCAGAGGGUGGGGGGAGUCCCGGUGAUGGUGCCGGCACAGACGAGAGAGGGCUUCAUCGUUUAACCACCGAGAUCCCCACCGCUACUUUCUACUGUUCCUCAGAACAUUGCUCCGCACGUAAACGUUACUUGCUCUGCAUCUGGGGCCUGUACGUUGGAUGGUCUGGAAAAUUGUGUUGAUAUUUUGUUACAAUGGACACGUGGACAUUCUGUGUAAGAGGAUCCAGCUUCUUCUUGUGACAGUACAAUUCCUUCCAAAGCCGGACAGGAGAACGGACAACUGUAGACUGGACCUGCGGGCGGACGGAACCGGCCAAACCAUAGUCCCAUAAUUGUCAUCUAUCUCUGUGUUAUUAUUGCCUAUUUUGUACCCGGGUUGGAUGUUUUAAUAAUUCAAGCGAAUCUUUGUUAUAAAAAAAUUAUGUGUUAUUAAUAUGUUGGUGGAAUGUUCCAAAUGUGCCAUUCCCAAGUGUAAAUAUAUACCUUAAAGAGUAAA